AUGGGUCUCUUCAGCCUAUCGCUGGUGUUCUUGGUGGGGCGUGGUGAGGUGCUCUGCAUGGUGCGCCGCGGGCUGUGGGGGGUGCUGUUCACCAUGUGUUUCUCCUGUUUACUGGUGCAGGGAGUGCGGCUGAAGAAGCUGGCGGGAGGGAGGCGGAGCCCAGCUGGCAGCUCUCUCGCCGGAUUGGCUUUCGCGCUCACUGUGGUUCAAGGCAUCAUUGCUGGAGAAUGGCUGCUGCUUACGGUGGUCCGCGAGGGACAUGCAGCCUGCGAUUACCUGCCUCUAGACUUUGUAUUGGUGUGUAGCUACGCUCUAGUGUUGUUGCUAGCUGCCAGCAUGUUGUCGUUGGCUGUGGUGUUGUGCGGAGGGAGCAACAGAGAGGAGUCGAGCAGGAAGAGUAUGAAGUGGAGGUGCAACGCUGUCUGGCUUUUCCUCUCAUGUCUGUCCUCGCUUCUGCUCUGGGUCGCCUGGCUAGGUCUCUAUCUGUACGGAGACGCCGCCAUCACGACCAUGGCAAAGGAUUGGGAUGAGCCGGCAUUAGCGGUUGCGUUGGUGACCGAGGGUUGGGUGCUUCUGUUAUUUCACGCAAUCCCAGAAACGCACAUGUGCUUGCGUCCGUCCAGUCAGAGGAACGCAGACACCGGCCAGAACUACUACGACACCCCACAGCCGCCAACGGCACAAAGUUACCAUGACGACGAGCGGCCGACCAAUCCCAGAGCUCCGUUCGCAGAGAGUCAGGCAUACACCGUAGAGGAGCACAGUGCGGGUAGGAUGCCACACAAAAAAACAUGUGCAAGGAUAGUUUACGGUUCUGAAAAUUAA